AUGGAUAUUACAAUUACUAACACAAAAAAAAAAGGCCACGACCCCCGUACAGGCAGGUCCAUAAUCGAAUCCGACGCCCCCCUCGUGCCCGCCAACCCCUUGGACCCGACCGGCACCCCGCCACCCGUGGACAGCAUCAUCCCGGGCUUCACCAACGUGUUCCGCACCCGGGGCAAUCCCGCGACCAACGCGCAGGGCCCCUGGGAGGACGUGCACGGCCGCAAGAUCGGCCUGGUCGACCCGAGCGGCGGCGUGUGCUGCCGCGUCGUGGAUUUCCCGGCUGUGCCGACGCCCGAGACCGUCGACGAGGUGAACAUCAUGCACCGCACGCAGAGCGUCGAUUUCGGCGUCGUCCUGAGCGGGGAGAUUGCCUUGGUGUUGGAUGAUGGGUCCCGGACCGUCUUGAGGCAGGGGGAUGUGUGUGUCCAGAGGGGCACGAAUCAU